UGCAUGCAAGGCUUCAAGUUUAGAUUUGAGACAAUUAAGCUGCAAUGAAGACGUGAUCUUCCGGUAGUCUCGAUGGGUGAAACGAGCGGUGGCUUUCUCAUCUGUACCCUCUCAAGAUCUCAAAUUCAGAUGGAUGUGUGCUGGCUGGGUUCCAGACCUCAGCACCAUAUUCCAUCUGUGGUCGCACAAGGGCUCUGUAGGCUCUGUUCUUUAUUUCUUUGGAGCAGGGUGAUAAAGUCCUAAGAAAUACCAAUGUGCGAUUGCAUGGCUUUGUGACGGAUUUGCUGGCAGUGGAGGUUCCAACGUAAAUCAUGUGCUAUUGUUACACCCAUAUUUUUGAAUUGGUAGUUUUAAGAGUUGUUAUAUACCUCUCUUUAUAAAUCUAGCCAUCUGAUUGGUCGAAAUUGCAGUCGUGAUUUUAGCCAUUCUCCCGUAAAGAGACGAACAAUGUCAGUAAUGGUCAAUAGUUCAUUCCCGCAAGAUUCCGGGUACCACGAAAAUAGUUAAAAUUUUGCUGCGACCCCCAUUCAUGAGUGAUAUCAGGAUAUCAGGAAAAUGGUUGCGAUCCCCAUUGGUUUACGUGUUAAAACUUAGUUUGUGCGCAGCGCGGCUACCAUACAGUUUUUGUGCGAUUAGUUUGGUUGCUACAUUUUAUCUCGAUUGUAGGCCUACAUGAAAUCUCCGAUUUUUUCGUUUCUGCUAUAUGAUGAUUUCUACCUUGAGCUUGCUCUUCUUGCUUCUUCCUCAAAGAAUCCUGUCUUCUCAAACCUCAUGACAAGGACAACUUGGUACAAUGAACAUAGAUCACGAUCGGUCCUCCAGCAAUAUCGGUCACUUGGAGAUGUUCCGACAGCACGUUCAUCACAAAUGAUCAACCCACAUCAAGGAAUGACACCAACCACCCGGUAUCACCGCCAAUCAGCCACGUCAGGAACAUCCCUGCCACCAGCCAUCACCUACCAUCACAACCAGCAACAUCAAACACACGUUUCGCAUCACCUGCCAUUUUCACAGACACCUGUCUCACAGACACCUGUCUCACAGGAAGCAUGGCAGCAUCCAGACCAAAACAGAGUGGGCGAACCAUUUCUGCCAUUUCAACAAUCGCGUCAGCAGCAUCAACCCAUCAUGUCACAGAGCCAAGAGCUCAUAGAAAAUUCGCAUCAACAAUUGUAUUUUGCUCGGGCUCCACCACAGAGAGAAACACAAAAUCAACUCACCCACCUGUCCGGCUCACAACAAAGUGAACAGCCAAAUCAGCUUGCACGACGUUUGGGUGAACCACAAGUCCAUCCAUGCUCCCAAACAGCACAGCACCGCCUACCACAGCCUCUCUUAAUGACAGAGCAGCCUUGGUACUUUUCGACAACACAUUCAUCAUAUUAUGAUGACCAACGGCAUAUCAUCAAUCCUCAACAACCAAUGAUACAUAUGAUCCAACAACCCACAUUGCUGUCAGAAACGUCGACAGUAGCGUCUUUACCACCAGCCUCCCAGCCAUCGUUUCAUCGAACACACGUUCUGCAUCAUCCAAGGCAACCGCAUUUUUCAGAGUUCAUACUUCCCUACAGAUUACCCCGAGCAUCACGUGAUCCACAACAUCCAAACACUCACCAUAAUACAGUAUAUACGUCCCGUAGUCCUCAACCACGACAUCAGCAAAGUCCCUAAACACAUACACAACUUCAUCCGGAGGUGGAUCCAAGAUCCAAGAUGGAGGGAAUUGUCUAAUCCGCACAUAUCUCAAGGGGCUGUAGCAAGGUCACCUUUUGCCUGAUUUGUAAAGAUUUUAUUGUAAACGUCCCACACACAAACGACCACUUACCACUUUCUUAGGGGUAGAUAGGCCUCCUAGAAGCUUGCAUUGGACCUUCAUGAUGAAAAAUAUAUAGGAAAUUAACAUAAUUAUGUUCAUAAUUUCAUUCUACUUUGUAGCGUAUGCGAUAUCAAAUUGCCAGAUACCUUUGAGAGGCCUAUGCAAAGCGUAGGAGUAAUCAGGAAUGAAAAGAUCUCUAUAUAUUGUGAUUUUAGGAAGGAUUGAUGUAUUACAUGUUUCUGAUCCACCAUGUUUCUGAGUAUAAACGGAACCAGAUAGACAUAUUGAUGCUUUAUAUGUGCAAUAAGCUAGUCUUUCAUAUGUAAUAUUUUUACAAGUGCAUUUCCAACAGGUACAAGUUAAUGAAGAAAUAUAACAUGUGCAAUUUAGGUUUCAAUGUGCAAUAGGGUCAGUUUUAUGUAUAUAUAUUCUACGAGUGAAAUGUCUUUGAAGUAUUAUCCUAACGUUAUAUCACGAAUAUGUUAGCACAUGAAUAGAUACUUCAAGUUUGAAUUUAUCUCCAAAUCACUUAUAUGUACAUUCAUUUUAGUCGGUACAAUGUAAAUACGUAUUAUUUUGGUAAAUGGAGCUAACAAAUAGCAACAUGGUAAUCGAGGUUACCCCCCGAGUAAAUCCUCGAUUUCUACUUCUUUGGCGGACAUUUCAUUUUCGAUCUAUUUAUCAAUAUGUUGGUGAUGCAUUGACUGCACCCGAAAUUAAAUAUUGUUUAGCUUGUAUGAUAAAAUAAAUUACUUGUUACAAUUUUGAUUGGCGGAGCAAAGUUAUGUAGGCCUCCAUUUCAUUCAUUAUAUAAUACAUGUAUAUGUAGUGUAUUAGGUCUCUACAUGACUUGUAUGUUCGUUGUAAAUCUCAUUCAAAUAUCAGAUUAUCUGUUAUUUGCUAUAGAAGACCUGUUAACUGAUUCCAUGCAACUUUUAGAAAUAAAAGUUCUUAUAGUGACAACUUAAAAACUUGUCAGAGGCUUGUCCAACUUUGCAACAACCAAUGUAUGUGAAGUGGAUUCCAGCCCUAUAAAUGCCAUUUUUCAUAACAUGACUGGCAACAGGCCUGGUUAGGGAGAGACGUCCAUAAAUUGAAAUACAUUAAUAAACAGCUUUAUUUAUAAGAUACAUUGAUAUGUUACAAUUUCACGACCACUAUUGAUCUGUUACAAUUUCACGACCCCUAUGGUUAAGCAUUCGUCUACCUGGUACAUUAAUUCAAAGAUAAUAUGUCAAACCAUGCAUCUAAUAAGGGCGUCAAUGGUCAUGUGCUCUAGUAGUUUAUCCUUUUAAACCAAGACACGCUUAUUUUCAACAACGACACCGAAAAAAUGACUUGUAACUAUGGGAAUGAAUAACCUAAGGAAAAUAGUUCAACAUUCAUUAAUUGCAUUAAGUUCAGCAUGGUAUAACAAUAAUAAGGUUUUAAAACUCAUUGUAUAUAGUUCUUGAAUGUUUGGAUACAGGGUAAAAUAUUUAUAUUCUUAUGAUAUCUGAAAAUCUUGCUCAUCUUUGCUCAUAUCUUGUUGAUAUGAUAAAAAGUAUGUACUUACUAAUUACUGUACUUCUGAGAAUUGUAUUGUGAUGCCACAACGACAUGAUUAAAAGAUCCUUUCCCCAAAAUUAUGACCAUGUCAACACUUUUCUUUUGAUUUAUCUUGUUCUUGUUCUGUUUUCUUUUGUUAUUUUUGAUUUGUUAAUUUUGUUUUGUUGCUGCUGUUGUUGUUGUUUAAUUAUUUCAUUUUUCGGAGGGGCACUAUGAAUAGAAAUAGACCUAUAAUAGAAUUUAAAAAUUUGAGAAACAGAAGGGUAAACGUUUGAAAUAUAUCGGAUCAAGAAUAAAUAUGUUUUUAAUGAUUGAAAUAUAAGAACACAGCUAUGCGAAUCUCACAUUGGCAAGUAGUGACGGAUAACUAUCCUGUUUGUUGUGUACAAAAAUAUUAAAAGUGUUUUUAUAUAUCAUUAUAGGUCCUUUAAAAAAAGACCAUAUUGAAUGGGGGAAAUGUAAUUUUUGGUGUUGGUACUACAUUAUGUACGUAUAGUGAUUGCAACUUUUAAAGAAUUAAUUCUUGUUACAUUUUUUGUCAGAUUUCGUCCAAACCUUCACAAGUCUGCUUCUGCUUCCUUUUAGAGUUGUCUUUAAGAAUGCAGAAUGAUGAAAAUGGUCAUGUACAUGUCAAAUGCACGUGAAUUUUUUAUAUAAGAAGUGGCAUUUUGUGCAGUUUGUGUUAAUAAA